AUGACGACCGACAAGACCCUGGAGCCUCUCUCCAAAGACGAAUUGACCAAGCUUGCCACUCUAGCCAUCGAGGCAAAGGACUAUGCAUACUGCCCAUACUCGAAUUUCCGCGUGGGUGCCAGCGUCCUCCUCUCCGACGGCACACACCACACGGGCUCGAACGUCGAGGUCGCCAGCACGCCUGUGGGGAUUUGCGCGGAGCGAUGCGCCCUGGCCCCGAUCGUGGCGUCGAUCAAGAGACCCGCGAUGCCGAUCAUUCGCGCCAUCGCUGUGAGUACCGACAUCAAUCCGCCGGCCAGUCCGUGUGGAAUGUGCAGACAGUUCAUCAACGAGUUUGCCACGACCAGGGAUCUGCCGAUCUACAUGUAUGGCAAGGAUGGGUUGAGUGAGGGGGCGGAGAUGGUGAAGAUGACCAUCGGGGAGUUGUUGCCUAUGAGUUUCGGACCGAAUGAUAUGGAUCGGAAUCGAUAG